GAAGCCUCUCUCGCCUUGUCUCCCAGCUUCUUAAAGAGCGAUUCAUCCGAAGGCACAGAACGAGAGAGAGAGAGAGAGGCAAAACCAGCCAUCACAGAGUGGAUUAAUGCUCGCAGUCUUUCCCCCCCAAAAAUCAAGAGGGAUCAGGAGAAAUUGACGAUCCUUGAAAGCCUUUGUGCAACCACAAGUGCUUCUACGUGACGUGAGGUGCUGUCACGAUAAACCACGGACAGCAGCAUGGAUGGCGAUGUGGAUAUGAGGUCGGAGCUGGAGGAAAUGCAGCGUUGUGCUGACCAGAUCACAGACGAGUCCCUGGAAAGCACCCGCCGUAUGCUGCAACUGGUGGAGGAGAGCAAAGAUGCUGGGAUCAGGACUCUUGUCAUGCUGGAUGAACAAGGAGAACAACUUGAUCGUGUUGAGGAGGGCAUGGACCAGAUCAACCAAGACAUGAAGGAGGCAGAGAAAAAUUUAUCAGACAUGGCAAAGUGCUGUGGCCUUUGCGUUUGCCCAUGCGCCAAGUUAAAGAACUUUGAGACAGGAGGAGCCUACAAGAAGGUGUGGGGGAAUAACCAGGACGGUGUAGUGGCCAGCCAGCCGGCCAGAGUGAUGGAUGAUCGGGAACAGAUGGCGAUGAGCGGUGGAUACAUCCGAAGAGUCACAGAAGAUGCUCGGGAAAAUGAGAUGGAAGAAAACCUGGAUCAGGUGGGCAGUAUCAUCGGAAACCUGCGACAUAUGGCGCUUGAUAUGGGCAAUGAGAUAAGUUCCCAGAACACCCAGAUUGACCGGAUUGUGACCAAGGGGGAUAUGAACAAAGCUCGCAUCGAUGAAGCCAACAAGCACGCCAACAAGAUGCUGGAAAGUGGCUGAAGGGAAGCAAACCUUUCACCCACCCUGCUCGCACUGCCAGAUUCCCCCAUCCCAUUCUCCAUUGCAGCAUCCGAAAGGUCCUGGAGGGGCAAGUCCCUGUUGCUGUGAUAGGAAACCACAAGGUUCAAUAUCUUUCUGUACAUUUUAAUUUAUUUUAUAAUUUCUCAGUGUAACAAAUUGUUCCAGUUGUGGAAAGUGUAUUUUUUUUAAAUGUGAAUUUGUAUUAAUGCCUGUCUAAAGAGUAAAUGGAGUGUAUUUAGUUUUUUAAUCUUUGUACUUGUCAGUGGUUUUUUAUGUUUGAGUCUUUCUCUGUAAUUGUGAUAAAAGUGGGCACAAACUGAAAGCGAGCUGGCAGUACACAGUUGAAUUCUGAUAAACACCCUGCAGAUCCUAAGACCUUUUCUAGCCAGAGAACCGCAAAUCCUGAUGCCUGUGACCUAUUAGCCAAAUAAUUCACUGGGAUGCAAGACCAUAGACCAGGAGCCAAACCCCAGUUGGAUGGUUCCUGUUCCAAGGCCAUGGUUCCCACAAACUGACUGGGACGAGAAAUCUCCAGCACAUUCCGGGUGGCAUUUAUCCUGCACGAGCUAUGCUUGUUGCCAGAGUUACUGUCCUGGGUGCCAGAGAUUUCUCUGCCAGUACCAUUCCAUCGCUGAGUACACCCACUUAAAACUCUUCUUAACUUCUGCCAAGCAAUAUUAUGUAGAAAUCAGGAUUCCUUGUUUACCGCAAAAGGGGCUAGGGAUUGAAAUAGUAGACUGGGGUUUCCCAGGUUUGGAUAGGAUGAGUGUUUAUUAGGACACAACUGUAGUUGCUUAUAAUAAAGAGACAGCAUUUUCCCUGGUAACCUGCUCUUUCUCGGCUUAGGGAAUUUUUGGAUGUGUGUGCCUCAGAUAAUCCAGGUAUUUGGAACAUUGGGGUGAAAAUCAAGGCCUUUUUUAUUGUACCUUUGCAUUCACCAAAAGCCAAUAAAGCACAGACAUGGCGACAUCGACUUAAGACAUUCCGGCCAAUUUUUUUUGGCAAACUUGGGAAGGGAGGGAGUUGGAAAGAUACUGAGGGAUGUGCUGAGGAGCGUCCACACACCUUAGCACUUCCUCCACACUUAACCCUCCCCCUUCAGUUCCCAGCUCCCAGAUUCUGUUGUGUCAAAGAUACACCUAAUUAGAUAGGGAAGCACAUCCCCCGACAUAUUUUCUGCUACCUCCGUCCUUCGAUCGUUGGACACGGGAGCUUGCUCUCUUGACACACCAAUUUGGUGUUCUGCAUCUGCAGAUGAGAAUUUUUGAAAGGAAGCUUUGGAGGCUGUGCCAUAGAAAAACUCAUCUCCAGCCCAAACUUUUCCAGUGGUACCUCCUGAGCCAGUGGGGCCCACGUCCAUGGAGAGUGGAAUUUCCACAUGUAAAAAAGCAGACAACUCUACCCCUUUAAGAAAUGUUCCCAGUACUUGUGUUUCUCUAAGUUACUUCAGAAUAGUUAACGUCCGACAUUCACAGCAAACUAUUUCUUAAAAUACUGAAAUUAACAAAUGAAAGGUCCCAGGGAACAAGCGCCCUUAGACCAUUCUGUUCCGCAUUGUAGAAUGAAGCCCCUGGAAAGUGGAAUCCUGUCUCUUUGUUCCUAUUUUAAUACAGUCGUUUUAUACAGUGAGGGGGGUGCUGUCUCUUUAAGUGCUCGUUUACUUGUCAGUUCACUGUUACUGUGGUUACCUGAUGGUUUUCUGCACCAAUGAAAGCAUCACAAACAUCUCUUUGCAAAUGUCAUUGCACCCUGCCCCCUGACCUCUUAACUCAUUGGCCUUGCAAGAGAUCUGCAUGCGGCCUGUGCGAAAGUAUAAACGGCUUCGUCACCCCUAUCCAGCCCGCCUCAGCUUCUGUACCACCAUCAGUAACAUUGCGGUGAGCAGAUGGUUUGUUACCACUUUCCCAGCUCCGAGAUCUGUUCUUCCUUCGAUAACUGAAACUAUGCAUUCGGUAGUGUUGCAUGGCAGUGUUUGACCCCAUCACACCCUGACGCUGCUCGCAGGCUCAGAAUUACAGCACCUCGGUUUCUGCUUGUGUUCGCUUUAUUAAUCUGUACCAAUACUGAAUUGCAACUGGGCUCUUAAGGCAAACUGAAACCUGGAGGGAGUUUGCUCUUAGGACUUCACCUUACAAAGACAAUUCUUUCACCGUUUGUGUUGAAUGUUGAUGAUCUUUUCCUCACCUGACUCCGUCACUGUUUUGUGGCUCCAUUACGCAGUGCGGCCCGUUUUGCUGUGUCAUGUCUCUGAGGACUUCCCACUCACUGUUCCAGUCCCAGAAUCCGGAGAACUUUAAAAAAAUUAUAUGUUCAAAUCAAGAGCCACGUGACCCCGAGCUGCCCCUUGGUCGAUCAAGAAAGUGGGCAGGGUGGGUUCUGAUUGGUGGGAGGGAUGGAUGUCAAUCUCCUGUUUUCACCAAUAGAAAGGGUGGACUCAGUGAGGUGUUAAUUCAUUGAAACAUAUCCACCUGGCAAAGGAAGAAGCUGCACCCAGUCCAUUUUCAACAUCUUCAACGACCCCACCCCCACCAAACUCCGCUCCCCACUGAAUCAUAGCUCCAGAACCGUGCACAGGUUUCCUGUGAAACCCAGUUGGCAGAUAAAAUGGGGCCUGGAGCCAAAAUAUGCGAGUGGUGGGAACCGCUGGUAACUGGACAAGUGAGCGGAGCCAGAUUGGGUGGUGCGGCUGAACCUUGGGCUGUGCAUCUCGAUUUGAUUUAGAAAAUAUGGUCACCCUAAUAAUUUCAUCCUGGGCCAGGGCCCUGUCCUUUCAGAAGCUGUAGAUCUCCUGUAAUCUCAGUCCGCACCAUGCUGUUGAACCUCCGGGAACUAAUGCCUCCAGCAGGCACAGUAAUUACUGUAAAUACAGAGCUGAUUGGGCACGAUUUAUUCCUGAAUUAAUAUUCGAAAUACUAAUAAAAGGAAAAAUGACAGGCCUGCAUAGCUGGGGUGGUCUGUAGCCAGUUGACCGUAAUAAGGGAAUAGCUGUGGCAAACUCCUCCUCUCGGUUUAGCUUGCUUUAAGAUUCUAUAAUAAAACAUUGUUCGUGUGAAGUAAUACCUUUCAUUAUGAAGAUCUGCUGAAAAUCUAGUGUAACAACGUCAGCAAUUUAAAAAUGAAUAAGCACAGAUGAAACGCUCGAAUGCUUGGGUAUGACUUUGUUUUUAAGAUGUUGCAAUGUUAAUUAUGGGGUGACGCAUGCCUUAAAGGCACUUUUUAUUGGGAAAUGGAACAGCUUUGCUUUUGAUGGGCAACUUUAAAGAGGGGAAUUUAAACCCAGUUUGUUGAAAUCAUUCCUAUUACUUUACUUGCUGUCUCUUCCAAACUACUGUGAGUGUUUCUGACCUGUUCCUCAAGCCCUGGGAGAGUGCUCGAUGCCUCACAUAACCCGGGUUUGCCAUAGCACCUUUUCCCUACUUUACUGAACGUGCUCUCAUGGGGGCUAUGGUUAUGUAGUGAUUGUGCUUCAGGGCUGGUAAGCGAGAGGCCAGAGCUGCAGAAGCCAUCGUGGCCAGUUAAGGAUUUGAGUUCAAUGUGUAUAAGCAGUUGGGAUUAGUGAUCGUGAAGCUGUUAGACUGUCAUCAAAGGCCCAACAGGUCCUUUAAUGUCCUUCAGGAAAAGGAACCUGCCGUCCUUUCCCAGUCUGGUGACUCCGGACCAACAUGGUUUCCUCUUACCACCGUCUGCGGUCUGACAUGACCUAGACAUGACCGAGACAGCCACUCAGCUGUAUCAAAUAAGGCAGCUGAGGAUGGACAGUAAAUAUUGGCACGUCCGUGAUGCUCACAUUCCGAGAAUGAAUGUUUAAAAAAGCUGAUGUUACAGGCUUAAAGUCCAUCCCGAAUCACAUCAUUCUAUUCAUUCUAAAUUCUCUAAAUUAUUCCAGAAAUGAAAGGGCCUUGUCUCUCUCUGAUUUAUUUUUUUCUUAUAAUUUGACCUCAGGUUUUAUUCCUCUUGCCCUGCCUUCCAGCCCUCCACACCUUUCCCCUUCACCCUGGAUUACACGAUAGUCUGAGCACAUAGAUGUCUCCAUGGUAACUAGGGUUGCCAACUGUGAUUAAAUGUAUUCUUGGAGGUUUCAUCACAUGACUUACCCCCACAUUCCAGCCACUAGUCAGCCAACACGUGUCGGUGCAGACUCGAUGGGCCGAAGGGCCUCUUCAGCACUGUGUGAUUCCGUGAACACGUCCAUCCUUGUGAUGUACGGCCUUCCUACACCAACUGGAAAGCAAAAAGACUCAUUACCCAAUUGGAUGAUGCUUGACUGUCAGCCAAACAGCCUUUUCCCCCCAUUUUCAACACUUCUAUAUCAGCUAAAGAGAAAUAUUCAAAGAAAAUUUAAAAGAAACAGUGUUUUUUUAAUGCCCCGAUGAUUUUUCUCCCAGGUUGCACACAGCAGUGUCUGGAUCUUCAAUUCCUGGAGACUCCAGGCCAGUCCUGGAGGGUUGGCAACCCUAAUUAACAGUCUAAAAUCCUGUUUUGGUCACAUUCGGCCAGAGCCUGUGAGGCAUGCUUGAUCUCUCAACAUCCUUCAGACUGCAAAACGUUUGAGGUUAUGUGUAGCUGCUGAGGGCUGUUCGGCCUCUCUCUGUUCCUGUGGCUGGAUGUGGUGGCCUGGAUUUCAAAACUUCCUUAAUUUGAAACAACAGCGAUGCUGAUCCAUUGACUGUUGGCAGGGUUUCUCCCCCAAUGGCUAGUGCUGUGUACAGGUGUAUGUAUCAUUGCUCAGCCUGUGCUCUUGAUGGCUCUGUAGUUACUUGCUGACCGACAAGUGGCUUAAUCCCAAAGAUUUUACAGGCCAUUGUUGGGCCAAUGGCAAAGAGCAAUGCUUGGUUGAUGAAGGGGGAGGGGAUACUGAAGAUGCAAGUGGUUGGAAACCAUUGGGCAAAGAUGAAAGUGCCAUGAGAAAAGCAACAAGCAGGAAGGGUCAGUGUUAGUGGGGGAAGGCUGUAGACCCAGUGAUUUGAUGUAACCCUUCCCAUUCUUCCCAAAACCUGGUGAUGGGAGUCUGAGACUCUGUGUAAUUUUGGUUGCAAUUGUCAGAAACUGUAUCAUCUGAACCAAAAUAAAAUAAACCUGUGGGUACUGCAAUGUGA